AUGUCCGACUCCGACGCAUCUACCAACGUAUCUGUUCGAGAUCUCGACUAUUCUGGACUCAGAAAAGCCAUCGAUAUUAGACUCAACAAAUAUUUCGAGAAAUUAGACGCGCCAGAAUCUCACGAAAGACCCAAGGCCAUUCAUCGCAACGACUUUUACAAAUUUACAAUCCGUGCAGAAGAGCCAAAUGUAGAAUUCAUCAAGUUCGUACCAAAAAUCAUGUGGUGCAGCAAACUGGGAGUCUACAAACACGUUUCCCGUGAGCGGGCAUAUGAACUUCGCAUUGUUCUUGAUGAGUUUUGUGAGGAAUGGUGUAGUCAAUGGUUGACGGGGGAUGCUGGAAUAUUCUUUGUGCAGAUUCGGGAAAACAUGGAACGGAGAAGGUAUCCAAGGUUUUUCACUGAGGCAGAUUUGGGAGCACAUCUCACCAAGUGUCUUUUGAGGUUGGAUGAAGAUUUUCUUCGACUCAUUAUGGCUCAAAUUGUCAGGGACGAAGGCUACGGAUGCCCUAUUUACAAUGAAAAAAACGAGGCUAUUUUUAUGAUCAACAUUGACCCAUCAAAGCUAUCCCAUAAUAAUUCGCGAAAGAUGAUCACGGCAUACACCAUGAUGGAUGUCGAGGAAAUUCGAAAGUUUGUUCGGGAUUUGUUUUACAAAUCUUGUGUCGACCAAGAGACUCGUGGAGCCAAGAUUCGUUGCGAUCUACGUUUGGAAGGUCAGAGAGUAAUCUCUCAAGUCAAAUUAUGGGAGGAGGGUGACUCAGAUUAUAACGACGUUGGAGAUGAGGACGAAGAUGAAUCACUGUUUGAAGAGGUGCUCGAUGAUCGCAAAAAAGACGAAGAUGCCGUCUGGAGACGAAGGGUCUUGUUCGCAAUCGAAAAAAUGAGAGCUUCACAACUUCGAAGGGCUAUCCACAUGACGUGCGGAGGAGUCUACGAGAUGAAAUUGCCCGCUGAUGAGGAAUAUAUCAAUGAAAAGGAGGAUUUGACUUCGCGGCGUAUGAUCGCGGUGGUCUUGAUACAUGGUCAUCGAGUUGUCCUGACACACGAAGCCGAAAGUUGCGAUUUACUGGAAAUAAUGACUGCUAAUGAACUCAGAAAAACCCUUAUAGUUUUGUGUAAUGCCGGUCUCGUGACACUCUCAUUCAUUAAAGGCGGGCAACUUAUCAUAGACGGGAGCACAAUUACUCUGGAUGUCCGUGAACUAGACAAACCGCAAGGCGAGAGCUCCAGUGAGAGCGGAGAACAGGAUUCAGCAGAUGAAAAUCCAGAAAAAGAGAAAACGAGUGACUAUGGAGUGGAAGUUGAAGCACCCGACGAAGAAUUAUCUGAGCCUGAGUCCCCCAUUCCCAUUCCCAGAAAGAGGCCCAGACUGUGGGUUGAGCAUAAUCAGCUACUUGGAAAAUUGCCGUGGUAG